UCAAGAUGGCGUCCUCAGGUGGAGUUAGGAUGAUUGAAAGUGAUUCAAGAUUUCGUAUUGAAUUAACAGGAGCUAAAGGAACUUUGAUAAUAGCAAACUUUAAAGCAUCAUGGUGUGGUCCAUGUCAAAUGAUUGCUCCAAAAUUUCAAGAGCUCAGUUUAAAAUAUACUUCAGCAAUUUUUCUUGAAGUGGAUGUAGAUGCUUGCAAGGAAACAAGUAACCAGUACAGCAUCUCAGGUACACCAACCUUUAUUCUUUUCCGGUCUGGAGUGAAGUUGGAUCAGAUACAAGGAAGCGAUGCAAAAGCAUUAGAGGAUAAAAUAAAGAAAUGGAUGGGAGACUAUGAAGAAAUCAGUGGGACUGUCCCAAAAGGAUAUAUGGACCUGUCAUCUUUGAUCAACAAAGCCCAAUGUGAAUGUCUGAAUGAAAGUGACGAUCAUACUUUGAAGAACAUCUUUCAGAAAGGAAAAAGUUUAUAUUUAGAAAGUGAUUGUGAUGAGCAGAUGUUGAUCUCAAUAUCAUUUAAUCAACCUGUGAAACUUCAUUCCUUAAGGCUGUAUGCCCCAGAUGAUGGAACGGCACCCAAAACCAUCAAAAUAUUUAGUAACCUCACCAGAACACUUGGAUUUGACGAGGCUGAAAAAACUGCUGCAGUGCAAGAAUUGAGACUCGCUUCAGGUGAUGUUUUAGAAGAUGUACUAAUUCCCUUGAAAUUUGUCAAAUUUCAGUAUGUGCAAUCUGUCACUCUGUUUGUACAAGACAAUCAGGGGGGUGAGGAGACCUCAAUAAUUAACUCACUUUCAUUCAUUGGCACAACCUUGGAAGCUACAAAUAUGAGUGAUUUCAAGAGGGUUGCUGGGAAAGAAGGAGAGGCUCACGGGUAAUCGUCUACGGUACAGAUGGCCAUCGUCAGGAUUUUUCAGAAAAAAUAUUACUUCACUUAGGACAAUUUUAAGAUGAUGAAAAACAUUCCUACCUCCAUGUCAUAUAGAAACUGUAUGCCACACACGAAAAUUAAAUCUGAAAGAAAAUAUUGCGUAUU